CCAGCAUUCUCGUAAAUUCUUCCACAUCGCUGCACAAGAUUAUCAGGCGCCAUGACUGUCAAUACAGCGCUCAUCGACCAAGCUUUUGGCCACAAUUCGUCUUUGAAGAAAAGAGUCUACGAUGCAAUCGGAGAAUCACCAGGCUAUGUCGGCUUGUUCGAGGACAUUGCCCAGUACCAUCUGAAUCUUCAAGCCUCUAAUGGUGUGAACGAUACCGAGCCAGCCUCCAAGAAGCGCAAGCUUGCCAAUGGUUCUCUACCAGUCUCCUCCAACCCGACCUCUUCACCUCGAGAAGUCUUACUCGAAGCACGCGAUCUGUCCUUCUCCCUUCCUCAGCGCAAGAAGUUGCACUUGGGCGUUGCGCAAUAUGGCACAGACAUCCAUGCGUCAUCCACAAAGUUUGCAGUCUAUACCCGCAACCCUGCGAGCAAUGAAGUCGAUAUGGAAGUGCCCCUGGAUCAAUACGCCUACGCGCUGAAGCUGCCGGUGCCUGAAAAGGCGGCAAAGCAAUACAACUAUGUCUUACUCCCAAAAUCAGACGCGAAGGGCACGGGGCCUGUAAUAUGGACGGUCAACCACGGCCCUCUGAAGUCGUGUCAUAUCUCCAACGACACCCUUGCAAAGAUUGCGCCUGACCCAGAUACGGCGCUUGAUGCUGCGCUGGACUUCAUCUUGGAAAAAGUUGGAAUUCAUCUUACGUUACCCUCUGCCGAUGAAUUUGCAAGUGCAAAGCCUGAAUCACAUCGCAAGAACGAUCAAGCGUACCACGUCAAAGCAUUCAGGGGAUCCAAGGACGGAUUUCUGUUUUUCUUGCACAAUGGAAUAUUUUUUGGCUUCAAAAAGCCUCUUUCAUUCUUCGCGUUCGAGGACAUUGCAUCAAUAUCAUAUACGAGCGUGUUGCAGCGCACGUUCAACCUGAACAUUGCCUAUGGAAACGUAGACGAUGAUGACGUUCGACAAGAAGUAGAGUUCUCCAUGUUGGACCAGGCCGAUUUCCCGGGUAUUGAUGCUUACAUCAAACGCCAUGGACUACAGGAUGCUUCUCUGGCCGAGUCACGGAGGGCACAAAAAAUCAAGGCGCCCGGUGCGACAGGGAAAACUGCAACUACGGGCGAUGAGGCAGACGGCGACGAAAACGAUACGAGGACCGAACUGGAAAAGGCACAGCAGCAGUUGGAAGACGAGGAAGACGAGGAAGAGGAAGACUAUGACCCUGGCAGUGACGGCGAGAGUGAAGGAAGUGGAGGCAGCGACGAAGAUGACGACGAGGAGUAUGAGCGCGAGAGAAAGAAGUUGAAAGGGAAGAACCUUGUUGCUGAGGAGCUAGGAAGUGAGGCCGAAGAUGUCAGCGUGACUGAAGACGAGGAUGAAGGGGAAGGGGAGGAAGGCGAAGACGGCGAAGAGGGAGGAGGAGGACAGGAAGACGAGGACAUGGAAGAUGAGGAUGAAGAAGUUGCCGAUGAAGAAGUUGCUGACGAAGAAGUGGAAGCGAUUGAGCAGGAUCAACAAGGCUUUGAGAUAGGUCAGCACGUCAAGACUCACGGAUUCAGUGCUGUAGCCCCUGCGGCACAUACCGGUAUGUGGGAUGGGAUGCCAGAUCCAGAUGACGAUGAUCAGUUGUGAAUGAUGCGAUGGAGUAAAAGAUGUAUGUUCUUCAUGCCUGAUGAACGAUCACGGCAAGGAAAAAAAGGGAGGGGGCCAUGGCGGGAGCCAUUGUACACCAGCCGGCUGGGGUAAUGUUAGGAUAUAUAGAAAGGUCCCCUUCAUGUAUCAAUGGUCCAAACACUCAGAGCGAGUCUACCAG